UGGCCCCGCAGAACACCUUCUUGGAUACCAUCGCCACACGCUUUGAUGGCACUCACAGUAACUUUGUCCUGGGGAACGCACAGGUCCAGUCGCUGUACCCCAUCGUCUACUGUUCAGACGGCUUCUGUGAGCUGACGGGAUACGCCCGCGCCGAGCUCAUGCAGAAGAGCAGCGCGUGUCACUUCCUGUACGGCCCCGAGACCAGCGACCGGCUCACGGCUCAGAUCCAGGGGGCGCUAGACGAGAGGCGGGAGUUCAAGACUGAGCUGGUGUUCUAUAAAAAGGAAGGUACUCAGUUCUGGUGUCUUUUGGACAUCGUGCCGAUUAAGAAUGAGAAGGGGGAAGUGGUGCUGUUCCUCGUGUCCCACAAAGACAUCACGGACAAGAAGAAAGAGCAGAAUCCAGAGCAGGGGCCCGAGACCGAUGAAGAGACCGGUCUGGAGGUGCAUCAGGUGACACGGCCUCCGGGUUUCAACGCCAACCGCCGCCGCAGCAGAGCCGUCCUGUACCAUCUGUCGGGACACCUGCAGAAACAAGACAAGAGCAAACUCAAGAUCAACAAUAACAUGUUCGGAGAGAAGCCGCCGAUCCCGGAGUACAAAGUGGCGGCCAUCCAAAAAUCCCGCUUCAUCCUGCUUCACUACGGGACCUUCAAGGCGGGCUGGGACUGGCUGAUUCUUCUGGCCACCUUCUACGUGGCCGUCACCGUGCCCUAUAACGUGUGCUUCACUGUGGGAGGGGGGCGGGACGAGGGGAACACCAACGCCCCCCGGAGCCCGCCCAGCGUCAGCGACAUCCUGGUGGAGAUCCUGUUUAUUUUAGACAUCGUGCUGAACUUCCGCACCACCUUCGUGAGCACGUCGGGUCAGGUGGUGUACGACGCCCGCUCCAUCUGCGUCCACUACGUCACCACCUGGCUGUUCGUGGACCUCAUCGCGGCUCUGCCCUUUGACCUGCUCUACGCCUUCAACGUCAGCGUGUACUUCGGGGUGAACCUGCUGAAGACGGUGCGGUUGCUGCGUUUACUGCGGCUCCUUCAGAAGCUGGAGCGUUACUCUCAGUACAGUGCGGUGGUGCUCACUCUGCUCAUGUCCAUGUUCGGGCUGCUGGCUCACUGGAUGGCCUGCGUGUGGUACUUCAUCGGACGCAGGGAGAUCGGGAGCCCGGGGUCCUGGGACAUCGGUUGGCUGCAUGAACUGGCCAAGCGUCUGGGGACUCCUUACUUCCUGUCCCCCUCUCCCACUUUGGUCCCGGGAUCGGUCAGCGGUCUUCAGCCCAACAGCAGCCAGUGGAACCUGACCGGGCCGGAGGUGGUGGGGCAAACCUCCUGGAACUCCUCCCAGUACUUCGGGAACAUGUCCGCGGCGGACGCUGUGUCCGGGGCGGGGGCGGGAAGCGGGGGCAUGGGGGUCCUGGCGGGGGGUCCCUCUAUGCGCAGCAGCUACGUGACGUCUCUGUACUUCGCCCUGAGCAGUCUGACCAGUGUGGGGUUCGGGAACGUCUCGGCCAACACCGACUCGGAAAAGAUUUUCUCCAUCUGCACCAUGCUCAUCGGAGCCCUGAUGCAUGCAGUGGUCUUCGGUAACGUGACGGCCAUCAUACAGAGGAUGUACUCGCGGCGCUCGCUCUACCACACCCGCACGAAGGACCUGAAGGACUUCAUCAGGGUGCACCGCCUGCCCAAAGCCCUUGAGCAACGCAUGCUUGAAUGUUUCCAGACAAUGUGGUCGGUCAACAAUGGAAUAGAUGUCAGCGAGCUCCUGAAGGACUUUCCCGACGAGCUCCGAGCAGACAUCGCCAUGCACCUCAACAAGGAGCUCCUUCAGCUGCCCCUGUUCGAGUCGGCCAGUAGGGGGUGUCUGCGCUCACUGUCCCUCAUCAUCAAGACGUCCUUCUGCGCCCCGGGAGAGUUCCUCAUCCGCCAGGGAGACGCGCUACAGGCCAUCUACUUCGUCUGCUCCGGGUCUAUGGAGGUGCUCAAAGACAACACUGUGCUGGCGAUUCUGGGUAAAGGCGAUCUGAUCGGCUCGGACUCGCUCACGAAAGAACAAGUGAUAAAGACCAACGCUAACGUGAAGGCCUUGACCUACUGUGACCUGCAGUACAUCAGCCUGAAGGGCCUGAGGGAGGUGCUGCGCCUUUACCCGGAAUACGCCCAGAAGUUCAUCAGCGAAAUCCAGCACGACCUCACGUACAACCUGCGAGAAGGUCACGGAGCAGACGUGAGUGCUUCAUCACGCUAA